CUAAAAGAGUAACGGAAAGAGUCAAAAAGCAGUGCAUGGGAGGACCACGUGUAAAGCUGAAACAAGUACGUGUCCAUGCAAAUACCACGUAACACCCCUCCCUCACAUGAUCUUACUUCUUCAAAACCUCGGUUUCUUUCCUCCUUUUUGUGCAUGUUCGAUAAAAAUUAAAAAUAAUGUCGGUGAAAACUUUCUCAGCGCCAUGUCAAUGUUGCAAAUUCUUGUUCAAGUUUAUGCUUUUCCUAAUUGUUAUCAAUAAUGUAGCUAUCAAUGUAAGAGCUUUGACUAAGAGCUUUGACAGAGCAAGAAGGAACCCAGGUUGGAAAUGGGGUUUGGGACCUCUGGUAAAAAGAGGAGAAAGAAAAUCAGUAGUUUCAACUGAAAAUGGGGAAGUCUCUUCAGUCAGAGUAUCUGAUGGAACUACUGGCUCAUAUCAUCUUCAGUUCAUCACAUUGGAGCCUAACUCUCUCUUCCUUCCUGUUGUUCUGCACGCUGAUAUGUUGUUUUAUGUCCACACGGGGUCUGGGAAGCUGACGUGGAUGGAUAGAAAUGAACAGAAGACAGUGGAUUUAAGAAUGGGAGAUGUCUUCAGGCUGCCUUUUGGAACAACUUUCUUCUUAGAGAACAACUUAGAGCCUGCUCCACAGAAACUUAGAGUUUAUUCCAUCUUUGCCAAUUCAGGGGAUGACAUACACGAGCCAGUGAACGGACCAUACUCCAGCAUCCGUGAUAUGGUUAUUGGAUUCGACGACAGGAAAGUUCUACAAGCGGCAUUUCAUGUACCAGCGGAUGUGAUAGAAGAAGUGUUGAAUGGAACAGAAGUACCCGCCAUCGUGCAUGGUAAGCCAAAGUCAACACAGAAGACCCUGUGGGAAAUGGAGGCUCAGUUCAUGAAAAGCCUUCUACGAAGGGGCAGUUACAGUUUCUUUGACAUCCAAAGGAAUAAAAAGAAGAGUACUAAAUUGUUCAACGUUUUCCAAGAGAAGCCAGAUUUUGAGAAUUGCAAUGGCUGGAGCAUAGUAAUAAACAAGAAGAAAUUGCCUGCACUAAAGGGUUCCCACAUUGGAAUUUACGUAGUGAACUUAACCAAAGGGUCAAUGAUGGGGCCACACUGGAAUCCAACAGCUACUGAAAUUGGAAUAGCAGUGCAAGGAGAAGGAAUGGUAAGGGUAGUUUGCUCAAGCACUGACACACAACAAGGGUGUAAAAACAUGAGGUUUAGAGUGGAUGAAGGAGAUGUAUUUGCAGUGCCAAGGUUUCAUCCUAUGGCUCAAAUGGCUUUCAACAACAAUUCAUUUGUGUUUGUGGGUUUUAGUACAAGUACAAAGAGACAUCAUCCUCGGUACCUGUCAGGGAAAGCUUCGGUUCUCCGAACAUUGGAUAGGCAAAUAUUGGAAGCGUCUUUUAAUGUGACCAACACAACAAUGGAUCAGAUUCUUGAAGCACAGGGUGAUUCAGUUAUACUGGAGUGUACAUCUUGUGCUGAAGAAGAAAUGAGGUUGAUGGAGGAAGAUAGGAGGGGGGAAGAGGAGGAAAUUAGGAGAAAGGAAGAAGAGGAAGCAAGGAAAAGGGAGGAAGAACGGAGGAGGGAAGCAGAGGAAGUGCUUGAGAGGAAUUUAAUUUUUGGUGUAAAAUUUUCUUUGUAAAGGUACCAGCGGAUCUGAUAGAAGUGCUGAUCAGAGGUAGAAGGUACUCAAUGAAUUAAGGUACAAGGUAAUCAAUGAAAUUGUCUUGCACGCAAUUUGAAACUUGAAUACCACCCGCAAGAAGAAAAAGAUGGGCAAAUUUCCAAAAUUUGGAUCUCACCGUCUCUCGUCAACUAAAUAUUCCUCUGUGUUUAGUCCAAUAAAAGAAUGUAAAAGGCUAAAAAAUGCCAUCAAAGCUAUCGAAAAUGGCUCAUCUAUGUCGUUCGUCAAUAGUUUGGCUCAUUUAUGUCAUCCCCGUUAUUAAAAUGGCUCAUUCAUGCCAUUUUUCAUUAAUUUGGGUUGGAUUUUUUUUUUUUAAAUUUGAGAUUUAAAAUUGGGCUGGUUUAAUUAAACAACAUGAACUUCUAAUUGGAGGUCACGUGUCAUAUCUGGUAUUGUAAAAUCAAUUUUAAUGAAAAAUGGCACCAAUGAGCCAUUUUGGUGACGGCGAUGGCAUAGAUGAGUCAUUUUGAUAACGCCGAUGGAUAAAUGAGCCAAACUAUUGAUGAGUGGUAUAAAUGAGCCAUUUUCGAUAGUCCAAUGGUAACAUUUGAGCAUUUUCG